AUGUCAGAGCGCAACCCCCAGGCAGCGCGGUCGGUUCAAUCACCCCUCACGUUCAUGCGAACAGCACCUCUGUUCGCACGAACGCCACUAACCAGAUACAGAAGGAAGAACUUCAUGCAUAUGAACACCACCUUUGUUCUUGUGAAUGCUACUCACGUAUACUGCAGACAUAACUCCAUUCGUAAGGAUGCCAGCUCCCGAACACAGCAAGAACAAAAGUCUGUUUGUGAGAACGCUGCUGCUUCCAAAUGCGACCACACAGAAGGAAGAACUUCAGGAAAAUCAAAGGGCGUGCGCGUGCCGACGAAGAGCCUUUUAAAGGUACAGGAGGGGGAAACCAGGGUGAUACCUCAAUUAACAAGACCACCCACUUUCUCUAUUUAA